ACCUUUCUCAUGACCCAAAUGGUCAGUCGCCCAACUGACUCUAACCUCUAAGACCGAGGCAGUGAGCUCAGAGUAAGAUGCAUGCAUAACUCACAGGCCAAGCCUGCCAUGCUGUUAGAUUCUUCGAGCAUCUUUACACAUACGAUCGAAGUCCAGCAUACAUACUACCGGGAGAACAAAACAGAUGCCACUCCCAAGCCUUUUUAGAGCCUUCGCGAUCUCUUCCCCUCCCUAUCCUCGCCGGCCCCCGGCUGUUCCGACGCUCCGCCGCCGCGCUUCCCUGGUCGGAGCGCUUUGGGUGCUGAGCCUCGGCACCGUCGCCGCGCUCUCCUACAGGACGGGGUGCGCUCAGUCCCACUGCCGCUUCUUCCCUUUCCUCAAGUCAAAAUUCAUCAAUCAACCAACUGCAAGACAUCUUCGUUCUACAGGAAUGGAGGCUGCAUCCACCACAGUUCCUGCUAUUGUUGUUUAUGUUACUGUUCCAAACAAAGAAGCAGGCAAGAAGCUUGCUGAGAGCAUAAUUAUGGAAAAGCUUGCUGCAUGUGUGAAUCGAGUCCCAGGCAUCGAGUCUGUUUAUUGGUGGGAUGGUAAGGUUCAAAGAGAUUCUGAGGAAUUACUCAUAAUCAAGACAAGGGAAUCCCUCCUGAAUGCCUUGACAGAACAUGUUAAAGCCAACCAUGAAUAUGAGGUCCCCGAAGUGAUUGCUUUGCCGAUCACUGGUGGCAACCUCAAGUACCUUGAAUGGAUCAAGAACAGUACUAGGGAUAUUUGACAUAGGAAGUUAUGAGAUGCAAAUACGUAGAGAUCUUGGGUGCAUUACAGUCGAGUGGUACGACUUCAGUGCAGUAUAGUGCGGGUAACAGAGGCUGUGUCUUAAUCAAUGCUAGAUCCUAUGCGGGUAGCUACUUUUUGAGUGCUAGGAACUAGUUGUCCAUUUUUUUUUUUGGUAGAGGAACUAGUUGUCCUUGAAUGAUCAAUACAACGCAAUCCCUCGGUGCACUUUCCAAGUUCUUAGCUCAAAACUUGCUUAGCAAUAUAUUUGUCGUAUUAAAUAUCAA